AUGUCUAUUAACCGUGCAUCGAUUACUGCUGAAUUUAGGGAGAUGGAUAGUGAUGACUUCAAGGAUAGGUUCCUUGCUCCGCUUGACAGUGCUCUUAGAGAAUCGAUCGUUCGGAGUCGACCUUCAGCACAAGAAUAUAAGUGCCCAUUGGGAGAUGCAGUGCAUGUGGAACAAUAUAUCCAAUAA